AUGAGAAGCAACGAAGAAGAGAGACUAAAGCACGUUGGAGAUCUCAUUGGCCAUAAUGGUUGGGUUACUGCCCUUGCCACAGGUAAUGAAGAACAUGGAAACCUUCUUGUUUCCGUCUCCCGAGACCGUUCCCUUCUCAUCUGGAAUCUUGACCUUUCCCAAGAGCAAGGCUUUAUCCAAACAGUGACUGCAAACCCUCACAGAGCCCUCAAAGGUCACUCCCACUUCAUUUCAGACGUUGUACUUUCAUCAGACAACAACUUUGCCCUUACAGGUUCCUGGGAUACAACCAUGAGACUAUGGGACUUGCGUGCAGGCCGCACCACCUACAGAUUUGUUGGACACUCCAAAGACGUUUUAACAGUCGCUAUGUCCCCAGACAACCGUCAAAUCCUUUCAGGUUCUCGCGAUAAGACAAUUAAGCUUUGGAACACAAUUGCUGAGAUGAAGUAUGAGUUCGAUACUGAAUCUUCACAUACUGACUGGGUUUCCUCUGUAAGAUUUACCCCAACAACUAAAGACCCACUUAUUGUGUCAGCAGGCUGGGAUAAUUCAAUCAAAUUGUGGGAGCAACAGACCUAUAAGUUGAAGCAUAACCUCAUUGGGCACACAGGCUGCAUUAAUUCGACCACGAUUUCUCCAGAUGGAAACUUCUGUGCUUCAGGAGGAAAAGACUGCAGCGUUAUGAUCUGGCACAUCAAGGACCAAGUCUUGCUAUACCAACUCGACACUGGAUCAUCAGUAAAUGCCUUAGCUUUUUCCCCAACAAGGUAUUGGCUUGCAGCUGCCACUGAUAGUGGAAUUAAGGUAUGGGAUUUGGACACAAAGACUUUGAUCAAUGAAUUUGUUCCUGACAAAUUUGCAAAAGAUGGACAAACUAGAAUUAGAUCACCUGGCGCUUUAUCGGUAGCUUGGUCUGGAAAUGGAGAUGUCUUGUACGGAGGGUUCACAGAUGGAGUAAUUAGAGCUUACGCCGUUACCCAAGAAUAA